AUGGUCGGUGUCGGUGGUCGCAGUAAAGGCUGUAAGACCUGUCGCAGGCGAAGAGUAAAAUGCGAUGAAGCUAAGCCCUCCUGUGAACGCUGCAUCAAAGGCGGAUUUCAAUGCGAUGGCUAUGUUCAAUAUGGGGAGUUCAAGGAUCUCACAACACAACUGACCAAGAAAAGUGCGCCAAAACACAAUGCACCCAGUCCAGCAAGCAGCAGCACAGACAGCGCUGUCUCCCCGGGCUCCAUCACCGAACUCCCGCUGCUCCCGCUGCUCCCACUGCUCCCAAAUCCAGUAUGGGAUGAGCAGACAAUCUUCAUCUCACACUUGGUGGACCGAUUAUUCACGUGGCAUGAGAACCCAUCAUCACCCGAGUCUGCGGGCUGGGUCUUUGGGCUUUUGCAGUCCACAGAGGAUGACGGGGUGUUGGCUUUUGCAUCGACCCGCGCAUUGGCCACAGGCUAUUUUGCAAAGACACAUCGCCAAUCCGGUCUGAUGCGGAAAGGCGCUGGCUUUUACUCUCGUGCCUUAAGUGCAUUGCAAUCACGGCUACAGGAUGCCACCUUGGUCUUGAAAGAUGAUGUCCUAGUCGCGAUUAUCUGUAUGGCUAUUUAUGAACUGGUCACAUUUCAUCAGCCAACCGGCUGGCUCCAUCAUUAUAGAGGACUAGCUCACUUGGCGGUCGUCAGAGGACCCCAGCGCCACCAAUCUGGGAUGGGAUUUUCCUUGCUUCCAACAUUGAGAUCAUGCAUAUUAAUCGGCUACCUUGUCGAAAGGAAACACUGCUUUCUAGAAAAUACCGAGUGGAAGACCGUUCCUUGGGCAAAAGUCGGACUCGAUGCCAAACUUCCCAUAGAUAAAUUACAUGACAUUCUGUCCGAUGUUCCAGGCUAUCUCGAAGAUAUCGAUCUUCUCGGCAAAUGGUCGCGGGAUCUUCCUCACAAAGAAGAAUUCCUAACAAAUCUCCGGGAGAGGCUCUUAGCCUCCCUCCAAGCAUUAUACUCUUGGCGCUGGGAAUGGGAGAAAGACUUCCCGGCUUCAACCUAUUCGGUUUCGCCAAAUGGCCUUGAUCCAGAAACAUCCUUACCCCUUCCACCAAGUCCAUUUGAGUCCGUUCUCUGGUUUGUUAACCCGUACCGAGCCAAUGAGCUGAUGACUUACAACGCUAUCCGGGUGAUUUUGACGCGAUUACUUGAAUUGAUCGGUGUAAAUACCGAUAAUCCGAACUCUGCCCAUUUCAGCGACCCACUUCUUCCCAUGGAGGGAACGAGACAUGAUGUUGCAGUCGAAAUGUGUCGAAUGGUAGACUAUCACCUCCACUGUUUCCGCCGCAGUUCAGGGGCAUUUUUGAUCAUCUUUCCGAUAAAUGUUGCAUAUCUACACCUUGACGGCAAUCGGGACGGGAGGGCAAAGUCAUGGCUCGAAAUGGUCAUGGCCCUGGUUGCAGAUAUUCAUGGAUUCGAGAUUGGGCGACGCGAAAACAUGCCACGCCAGCUAGAUAAGGUAUUGAAACUAUUGUGA